AUGGACGAGGCGCUGCGUGAUCUCGAAGCUCGAGAAAAGGAGCUCGAUGCGGAAAAUCUUCGCAGUCAUUUCUCUGAUUUCAGUACAACGGAGGAGUCCACGAGCAGCUCUCCGUGCGAGAGGAGCCACUUUUCCGAAUGGAGUACAGAUACAGAGGUGGUCUCUCCUGAGUCCAUGACACCUUCGCUUACUUUUAACGAUGGUAACCAAACUUGUUCUGCUCUCGAAGGGAUGAAUUUUGCAGAAGUGUGGAAGAACUCUGCUCCUGCUGAAACCAGCGAUCCAAACACUCCACAGCUUACUGUUAAUUCAACGUCUUCCCCCGCCACACUCGGUGGUGACUCACCCCUCCUUGAUCUGCCGCCUCCUCGGCUUACGGUCUCUUUAUCCCCCUCCGACAUGGAUUUCUCAAGUCUUUGUAUCAGUGACGCCGAUGAGGUCGAAAGAGAUCCCAAGCGCCAUGCAGCUUUCUUUGGGAGAGUAGAAGGACUCGGGCUUCUCCGGAGCCCCGGACCCUCUACCGUGCAGUUUGCGGGAAAUGUCCAUAGUGAUGCGGAAGCGACACAUAACGGGAAGAAUGCUGCGCCCGGCUAUGACCGCUUCAGCAUCAGCUCGCUUCCAGGACAGUCUGCAGCAAUGCAAGAAAUGAUGGAUGAGUUGAGCUAUCUCAAAUCGAUAAUUCAAUCUUAG